AUGCAGGGUCCUCAGAACCAUUUUGCGCACCUGGCUCCAGUGAGAAGGGAGAGGCGGUCGAUCUCCCGGUACUGCACUGGCAGGGUCCAGAAAAGGUUCUUGACAUCCCGCUGCCCUCCCCUUUGAACCAGUGGGGGUGAUCCCGGACACCACCCUGGUGGCUUUCAAGCCCCAUCAAGAAGACAUGGUUGUGCUGCAGAUGCCAGUGUGACCAGCGGCAACACACCUAAGAUGGCAGAUGCCACGAGUACCCUUAAUCCUGGUGCUGAGCUGCUAUCUAUUGACCAGCGCUUGAAGACCCUAUUUGACACCUUCUGGAGCAAGCUGCAAGGACAAGUCGAUCUCAUCUGCAAGUGUGGAAAUUCCUGCAAAGCAGUUCUCUUGCACCCUGUGUCGCACAGUGACUUCUCCUAUGAGCCGAACACACCUACUGUGGCAAAGACCGCAUCAGCACUCCACAAGGUGAGCAGUUAG